AUGGAUGUGAAGAAUGCUUUUCUUCAUGGAGAGCUGGAUCAGGAGAUCUACAUGAUCCAACCAAUGGGUUUUCAGAGCCAAGAUCAUCCUGAAUAUGUGUGUAAGAUGUGUAAAGCACUCUACGAAUUGAAACAAGCACCCAGGGCGUGGUAUGGUAAGAUUGCUGAAUUUCUAACACAAAGUGGCUAUUCAGUAACACCUGCAGAUUCCAGCUUGUUUGUCAAAACCAAUAAAGGGAAGCUAGCUAUAGUGCUAUUGUACGUGGAUGACUUAAUCAUAACCGGUGAUGAUGAGGCAGAAAUUCUUCGGACAAAGGAGAAUUUAUCAGUUCGUUUCCAGAUGAAGGAACUUGGACAACUCAAGCACUUCCUUGGUCUAGAGGUUGAUCGCACACAAGAAGGAAUAUUUCUCUGUCAACAGAAAUAUGCCAAAGAUUUGAUAAAGAGGUUCGGAAUGCUCGAAUGCAAGCCGAUUUCGACACCGAUGGAAUCAAAUGCCAAAAUGUGUGCAUAUGAAGGAAAAGAUUUGGAAGAUGCGACAAUGUAUCGACAAUUGGUAGGUAGUCUGAUCUACUUAACCUUGACUCGACCUAACAUUUCUUAUGCAGUUGGCGUGAUGAGUCGAUACAUGCAAAAUCCAAAGAAGCCUCAUUUGGAAGCAAUUCGACGAAUACUGAGAUAUGUGAAGAGUACAAUUGACUAUGGUCUUUUGUACAAGAAAGGUGAAGACUGCAAGUUAGUUGGUUUCUGUGAUGCUGACUAUGCAGGAGAUCAUGACACCAGGAGAUCAACAACUGGGUAUGUGUUUAAGCUUGGCUCCGGAACAAUUUCUUGGUGUAGCAAGAGACAGCCAACGGUAUCAUUGUCAACCACUGAAACUGAGUAUCGAGCAGCAGCAAUGGUAGCUCAAGAAAGUACAUGGUUGAUACAGCUGAUGAAUAAUCUACAUCAACUAGUAGAUUAUGCAGUUCCAAUGUACUGUGACAAUCAGUCGGCAAUUCGUUUGGCGGAGAAUCCAGUCUUUCAUGCAAGAACGAAGCAUGUUGAAGUGCACUAUCACUUUAUCAGAGAAAAGGUUCUACAAGAAGAAAUUGAGAUGAAACAGAUCAAGAUGGAUGAUCAAGUUGCAGAUUUGUUCACAAAAAGUCUAAGUACAGGCAAGCUCGAAAAGUUUCGUCAACAGCUUGACAUAGUACAAAGAAUAAGAGCUGACAUUGAGGGGGAGUGUUAA